AUUGAAUCAACGUGGAUGACUUCCGAUCCGAGGAGAAACCAUAUCUCAUCAUCAUUCAUCAUCAUGUAGGACUAAAAUAUACUCCUAGUGCUAGUGUAUAAACAAAGCAUUACUGGAUGCAAUAAAAGGGUGUCUAGCAAUGGCCUCCCUACAUUCACUAUCAACCACAUUCACUGCCUCAUUUUCUUCACAGCGUUACGCUUCUUCUUGUCCCCAACGCAUUCACAGAAGCUUUGCGAUUCGAGCUGCCAGAACGGAGUCUAAAGGAGUCUCUCUCGGUUUUCGACCUCCGCAAUUCCAGCUCACGGAGCCACUUACUGGAAAAGUCUGGGAAUUGGAGGACUUUGACUCGCAUCCUGCGUUAUUGGUGAUGUUUAUUUGCAACCAUUGCCCCUUUGUCAUACACUUGAAAAAAGCUAUAGUGAAACUUUCAAAGUUUUAUAUGCAGAAGGGGCUUGCGGUCGUUGCAAUAUCUUCAAACUCUAUCAAAACUCAUCCACAGGAUGGACCUGAUUUCAUGGCUGAAGAUGCCAGACAUUAUAGCUACCCGUUCCCAUAUCUCUAUGACGAGUCACAGGAUGUCGCGAGAGAAUUUGGAGCUGUUUGUACGCCAGAGUUUUUCCUAUUUAAAAAGGAUGGUCGUAGACCCUUUCAGCUUGUAUAUCAUGGCCAGUUUGACGAUUCACGGCCAAGCAACAAUGUGCCGGUUACAGGAAGGGACUUGGCAGUGGCAAUAGACUGUGUUCUUAGUGCCCAGAAAGUACCAUCAGCUCCGAAACCCAGUGUUGGAUGCAGCAUAAAAUGGCAUCCAGUGACAGAGCUGUAAAUAGUAUGUUGAUUUUACUUCAACCCAGGUUGCAUCUGUUAAAGUGUUAAGCCUUAAAAUAUGUAUAUGAUCUUUCAAUUAUUUUAUCCUGCCUUUAAGUGUAAUUUUAAAUGUCAUUGUUUAAAAUACCUAUAAUUUCAAUUUAGAAAGUAACAUUCUUUUUCCUCGUCAA